AUGGCAAGGCCAAUUUGUGCUUUACCCUUGCUCUUGCGUGCUCCAAUCGCCAUGGCCAUGGGCAUUGACGGCCGGCGACCCCUGGCAACAGCGACGGCUGUCGCAGUUCUUCUAGCAGCAGUCGAUGUUUGUAGCGAGCUUGGUUUCGCGAGACCGGCCACGAUUCUGAGCAGUGAGCUGCCGGCUGACAUGCGCCCGUCGGACCACUUGCGGGAUCUGGCGAACUCUGCUUACGCGGCUCUCACAGAGGACAGAAAGGAAGCUGCCGAGUGUACAGAAUUCGUGCGAGCCAUCGCCAAGGAAGAUCCUGUGUUAGCUGCUGUUUGGCUGCAUGAAAUGCGUACGUUGCAGGUGGAACCCUCCUCGAUCUGCUACGAGGCAGUGAUCGAAAGCCAAAGCCGAGAAGGCCUAGCAGCACAAGCAUCAGCUACAUUGGCCGCUUUCAGAGGCAGUGCCUCCGAGGAUCUUUACAGCCAGGUUAUUGAGUCCUUGUCUUCCCAAGGCUACCUGGAUGCCGUGCGAAGUCUGGAAAUGAAGGAGUCCGGAAGAACUCUCCGCCGGCACGUCCAAGCGAUUGAGGCUUUUGCCAAAGGCGGCGACAGCGCGUCAGCAAAACGGCUGCUGGACGAAGCCAUCCUUUCCGCGGUCAGGCCUGAUGCCCGUGCUUACACUGCAGUUAUCAGCGCUUUUGCUAAGGAGGGGAAAUUCGCUCAAGCUGAGGCAGUGUUCGAAUUGAUGGAAAACCACAGUGUUGCUGCAGAUGCUGAUGCUUGGUCUUGGCUACUUUUGGCAAGCGCAGAGACACGAACGCGGAAGAAGGCGCCCGAUCCGGAACGUAUUUUCCGUAGUAUGGUCGAGCGUGGAGUGGCUCCCACAACAUUCAGCUUCCGGGCUUUGGGACGUGCCAUCGGCUCUGAAAGGAGUGCGCAGCUUUGCAAGGAGCUCGGGCUGGCAAGACGCUUUGCUGGUCGUGUCCGAAAGUCGCCAAAGCAGCGAUGGUACUACAUCGAGAAGCGACCUUACCGAGAUGGAUACUUUCAGCCAGGCGACAGAGAGGACAGGGACGGAACAGAGAAAGUGUGGUUGGGAGAUGAUUCGAUGUUCCACGUUGAUCCGUUCCCAAAGUACUUCAGCUUCUCGCCGAUCUUCAAGCCGGACAAAGACCACGGAACUCGCCGGCAUCGGAAGCCAAACAUGCCACCCGAGGAGGACAAGGACAAGGACAAGGAGUGCAUGAGCCUGCGUGCAGCUUUGGGUGAAGGGCCGCAGGGCUUGCGAGCACCUUUCCAGGCAUUGGGUCCAGAACGCUUGGUGAUGCUAGGCAUUCGCGAUGCAGAUCCUGCUGAGGAGCAGUUUAUCCAAGAGGCGAAGGUGAAGAGGCUGACAACGAGGGAUCUUCAGUCCAACUUGGAGGAUGCAAUCAAAGUCGUGGCUGAUGUGGCUGGACCGACCGGCCUUCUGCAUGUGCACCUCGACCUGGAUGUGAUGGACCCCUCGGCGUUUCCCCACGUGAAUGUCCCCACAGCAGGAGGGCUACUGCCUGCGGAGCUGAAGACCCUGCUGUGCCGCCUCAGUAGUGCCUUUGCUGGGCGCAUUUGUGGUACAACUGUGACGGAGCUGCGGCUGAGGGAAGAGGCGGACCGCGACAGGAUUUCCACUCUCGGCCCAUGA